CUAAUGGACGUACACAUGUGAAAACCUAGUUAUCCUUGGAAAAGUUUGCGGAAAUGUCUGCAUCUCUUGUAAGAAAGGGAUUAGAACUAUUUAAGGAUGACUUAGAAACACUUCAAGACUCUAAUAGCCCAAAGAAAGGAAAAUCAGAGAAGUCAGAUAGCACAAGUUCUAGAAACCUCCUGGGCACUAAUAAAAAAGGUGUCAAAAAGCAGAAAGAGCGAUUGACUCAAAAACCAAAUAAAAACAAAGUGACCAUUAAGGGAAAGAAACUUAAGUCUGUAGUUGAAGAGUACAGGAAAAACAAACCAAAGGACAACACCACUGACAAUUUAUAUUUUCUACAGUUACUCUCCAACUCACACAAACCUCACUCAUCUGUGGUGGAAAAGAUAAUGGAGCAGCACCGUGGCAAACUAGCCAAAGACAGACCCCCAGAACCCGUGGUAAAGGAGGAAGGUUCUGUAUUUACAGACAGGGACUUUGAUAAGUUUGAAGAAGAAUACGAUUGGUGACAUCCACCCUCUGCUGUCACUCUGUGAGCCUUAAUUUUUACAGAGCACUUUGGAAGAGGUCAUAGAGGAGAAGUGAUAUGCUCUGUCAUGACUGUUGUUUGUACAAAAGAAUAAAUGUUGUGAGCCAAAGUCACACCCAUUCUUUUUGAACAGAAGGAAGCUAAUUGCACCAUGAAUCCCAGGAAUCAAAAAGCUGGUCAUUAUGCAGAUAUUAAUUCCUGCAUGCAUUGGGAGGGAGGCACAGAAUAAAACUGCAUUAAACUUUGUGUAUAGCCUGCUACACUGAGAGCUAUGUA